AUGACAGUCCCAUCAUCCAACGGUGCCUCGAAUGGCAACGGCCACGCCCAUGCGCACGCCUCCCCCUCCAUCGGCUUCUCUACAAAGGCCAUCCACGUCGGCUCGGAGCCCAACGCAGCCACGGGUGCGGUCAUCCCACCCAUCAGCCUCAGCUCCACCUUCGCCCAGGAUGGCAUCGGCAACCACAAGGGGUACGAAUACUCCAGGUCCGGCAACCCCAACCGCGACUCGUUCGAGCGUGCCCUCGCUGCUCUCGAAGGCGGCAGCCGCGGUCUCGCCUUUUCGUCUGGCUCCGCUGUCACUGCCACCAUCCUCAACUCGAUGCCAUCAGGCUCGCACGUCGUCAGCGUCAACGAUGUCUACGGCGGCACCUACCGCUACUUUACCAAGGUGACUACCGUAUCGCAGGGCAUGCAGACCAGCUUUGUCGAGAUGGACGGUCCCGAGGCCGAAGUCAGCGAGCGUGUCAAUGCUGCUAUCCGCAAGGAAACUUCGCUCGUCUGGAUCGAGACCCCCACCAACCCCACGCUCCGCGUUAUCGACCUCCCCCUCAUUGCCAAGCUCGUGCGAAACCAUCCCAACGCCAGCAAGGACAUCAAGAUUGUCGUCGACAACACAUUCAUGAGCCCGUGGUUCCAGAACCCUCUUGCGCACGGUGCCGACCUCGUGAUGCACAGCGUUACCAAGUACCUCAACGGCCAUAGCGACGUUGUCAUGGGUGCCGCUGUCACCAACGACGAGGCGUGGGCAGAACGCCUGGCUUUCCUGCAGAACAGCAUCGGUGCCAUUCCAUCCCCCUUCGACUGCUGGCUCGCUCUUCGCGGCCUCAAGACGCUCGCACUCCGCAUGAAGGCGCACGGCGAGUCUGCUCUGGCCAUUGCUCAGUUCCUCGAGGCACACCCCUCGGUCGAAAACGUCAUCUACCCCGGCCUCCCAUCCCACCCGGGUCACGAGGUGGCACGACGACAGAUCUCGAAGCGCGCUGCUGCUGCCGGUCCGACGGCCUCCAACGGUGCAUUUGCGUACGGAGGCAUGAUCUCGUUUCGAAUCAAGUCGGAUCCUGCGGAUGAUGCACCGGCGGACAGGCUGCUAUCGAACCUCAACGUCUUUACGCUCGCCGAGUCGCUCGGUGGUGUCGAGAGCUUGAUCGAGCUGCCGUCCAAGAUGACCCACGGCUCUGUCGCGCUCGAGGACCGGAUCAAGAUUGGUAUCGGCCACAACCUCAUCCGUGUCAGUGUUGGUAUUGAGGAGACUGCCGACCUCAUCCAGGAUCUCGAGCGCGGUCUCAAGGCCGCUGGUAUUUGA